AGGGCCGGACCCCUCCAUCGCCCAUCCUCUGGGGACGGUAGUGGACUUAUACGGCUCUAGUGGCAUCCUGAGCAUCAUCCCCCUACGAUAUCUGCCCGCCUGGAGUGGGGUGGGAAGCUGGUGCCUGGGGCGUGCGCCUCUUUCUAGGGGUGUGCUGAGCGGAGGGGUCAGGUAGUGAUUGAUGAGAGCAGGACCGCGGAUGCUGGAUACCUGGAUUCUCUGCCCGGCUCUGGGAAAGAGCGCGAUUCAGUGGGGAGGACAGGGACCCGGGAGUCAGGAUACCUGGGCUCUAUUCCUGACUUUGCUGCCUAUUUUCUUCAGAGGUCCGUAGCGGGACAGGCUCCCGCACCCUGCAGUCUGCACGCUCCCUGCCAGGGACUCCUCACUGCCUGAAGCACUACCCCGUUGAUCUGCGCACCUCCAUGGAUGGCAAGUACAAGGAGAUUGCUGAGGAGCUGUUCUGCCGCUCUCUGGCAGAGAGCGAGAUGCGCAGUGCCCCCUAUGAAUUCCCCGAGGACAGCCCCAUCGAGCAGCUGGAGGAGAGGCGCCAGCGCCUGGAACGGCAGAUCAGCCAGGAUGUGAAACUAGAGCCGGACAUUUUACUCAGAGCCAAACAGGACUUCCUGAAAAUUGACAGUGCUGCUGACUUACAGCUGUUCAAGGAGCAGAGCGAGGACCUGGUGGAUCAUGUCCCAAAGGAGCGGGAAGUGCUGCUGGAGAGGGAAUUCCAGAGGGUCUCCAUCUCUGGGGAAGAGAAGUGCGGGGUGCCCUUCACGGACCUGCUUGAUGCAGCCAAGAGCGUGGUGAAGGCGCUGUUCAUCCGGGAGAAGUACAUGGGGUUUUCCCUUCAGAGCUUCUGCAAGACCACCUCCCGCUACCUGCAGGACCUCUCUGAGAAGCCCCUUGAGACCCGGGUCUGUGAUGAGAUCCCAGAGACCCCUGUGGCUGCAGAUGCUCCGGUGCACCCACCAUUCACGAACCGGCACCCUUACGAGACCUGCGAACCCCAGUCCAUGCCCAGCGACCUGGGCUUUGGCCUCAAGAUGGUCAAUGGCGUGGUCCAUGUCUACACCAAGCAGGAUGUCACUGACAAGAGCACAGAGCUGGACCUGCCGUACCCUGAUUUGCAGGAGUUCGUCGCUGACAUGAACUUCCUGAUGGCUCUGAUCAUCCAUGGGCCCAUAAAAUCCUUCUGCUACCGGCGGCUGCAGUACCUGAGCUCCAAGUUCCAGAUGCACGUCCUGCUCAAUGAGAUGAAGGAACUGGCGGCUCAGAAGAAGGUCCCGCAUCGUGACUUCUACAACAUCCGCAAGGUGGACACCCACAUCCACGCCUCCUCCUGCAUGAACCAGAAACACCUUUUGCGCUUCAUCAAGCGGGCCAUGAAGAAGCACCUGAGUGAGAUCGUUCACGUGGAGAAGGGCAAGGAGCAGACUCUGAAGGAGGUCUUUGAGACCAUGAACCUCACAGCCUAUGACCUCAGCGUAGACACGCUGGACGUCCAUGCGGAUCGUAACACCUUCCACCGCUUUGACAAGUUCAAUGCCAAGUACAACCCCAUCGGGGAGUCAAUCCUGCGUGAGAUCUUCAUCAAGACGGACAACCGGGUCUCGGGGAAGUACUUUGCCCACAUCAUCAAGGAGGUGAUGUUUGACUUGGAGGAGAGCAAGUACCAGAACGCGGAGCUGCGCCUCUCCAUCUAUGGCCGCUCACGGGACGAGUGGGACAAGCUGGCCAGGUGGGCUGUGUACCAUAAGGUGCACUCCAACAACGUGCGCUGGCUGGUGCAGGUGCCCCGUCUCUUCGAUGUGUACCGAACCAAGAGGCAGCUGGCCAACUUCCAGGAGAUGCUGGAGAAUAUCUUCCUGCCCCUCUUUGAAGCCACCGUUCACCCUGCCAGCCACCCAGAGCUGCACCUCUUCCUGGAGCAUGUGGACGGCUUUGACAGUGUGGAUGAUGAAUCCAAGCCUGAGCAUCACAUCUUCAACCUGGACAGCCCCUUGCCUGGGGCCUGGCUGGAAGAAGACAACCCGCCCUACGCAUACUACUUGUACUACAUGUACGCCAACAUGACUGUGCUGAACCACCUGCGCAGGAAGAGGGGCUUCCACACCUUUGUGCUGCGCCCGCACUGUGGGGAAGCAGGGCCCGUCCACCACCUGGUGUCUGGCUUCAUGCUGUCAGAGAACAUCUCACACGGCCUCCUGCUCCGCAAGGCCCCCGUGCUGCAGUACCUCUACUACCUGGCCCAGAUCGGCAUCGCCAUGUCCCCGCUCAGCAACAACAGCCUGUUUCUGAGCUACCACCGCAACCCGCUUCCCGAGUACCUGUCCCGUGGCCUCGUGGUCUCGCUCUCCACUGACGACCCGCUGCAGUUCCACUUCACCAAGGAGCCCCUGAUGGAGGAGUACAGCAUCGCCACGCAGGUCUGGAAGCUCAGCUCCUGUGAAAUGUGCGAGCUUGCGCGCAACAGCGUGCUCAUGAGCGGCUUUUCCCACAAGGUGAAGAGCUACUGGCUGGGCCCCAAUUACCUGAAGGAAGGGUCUGAGGGGAACGACAUCCGACGCACCAAUGUGCCGGAUAUUCGGGUGGGCUACCGCUUUGAGACGCUGUGCCAGGAGCUGACCCUCAUCACGCAGGCCGUGCAGACAGAAGAGCUGGAGACCAUCCAAGAGGAGGACUCCUUAACCAUGAGCUUCAGCCCGGGGCCUCAGUGAAGGACUCUGGCCCCUGCUCUUGCCCACAGGGGCUAGGCAGGCUGGAGGCUGUGCCGGAGCAUGAGCAAACCCCCCUGCCAUCUCUGUAGGGUCUGGGCUCCUGUCCCCCAUAGCCCCUGUUUCUUUCUUGAUGUUGGUUUCAGUGCAUUCUUUCCCUCUGCAUUUCCCCCUCGAAAGGGGUUAAUUUGGUUCCUUAGCAGUCUCCCUUGGUAACGUGCUGGUGCCUUUUUUUAGUUGUUGGUUUGGUUUUUGUUCUCUUAAACUCUUUGGAUUUAUUUUUACUUUCUGCAAGGCCAUGGGGGUGGUAGUGCCCAGGCCCUCCGUAGUGCUUGCCAUUGAAGGCUGGGCGUGUGGGGGGGCUCACACGUCUGGGACCGCAUGAGUCCUGGUGCGAGUGUGCAGGGGGAUGUACCCUAGGGCUGGACGCUGGGGAGCUGGAUGGUGUCAGAGCCCUGAGCACUGGAUGUGCCUCGGCACUGGUGGUUUGUCCCCUCGCGCUGAGCAAGGUGCUGCUCUGUGUGUGGCAGGAGCCUGUGUUGUCUGACAGAGUCAUUGCCUUGAGUUGAUGCCAGUUGGGUGCCUCCUAGGACCACAGUCCCCUGUGGCCGGAUCUGCCGUGGGGCAAGAGGCUGAGAACCAAGCUUUGCCCUUGUCCAGUACCCAGCUUGCCACGGUGCUGCUCCCACCCCAGCUAGCCGGCUUGUUUGUGCCAUGGCUCCAGCUGGGCCAUUUGCUAGUGUUAUUUUUUUAAAUAAGGGAGGAUCUAUCCUCCUGACUUAUCAAACUGUGAUGCCCAAAUCCUCCGGGCCAGGACAGUGGAUGGUGUCCUCCCUGGCCCUCACUCUUGGCCUGGGGUAGCAUGGAGGAAAAGCCUUUCAACCCAGCCAGAGAGCUGGGGAAAAGGCUGGGCCUUGCCAUUUUUAACUCCGUAUGCAUCUAGUGUCAGUCAGGAUGAGCAUUUCUUGUUAUCUCUCUGUCCAUCUGAAUGUCUGUCUGCCUCAGCAAUCAUGUCUUGGUAGGUGGGGGUGGGGACAGGACAAUGUGUCUCUUUUUUUUUUUUUUUUUUUUAUUAGCCCUUUAACUUAGAUCCUCUUGAUCAGGGCAGAUCCAGCUAGCUCUGUUUCUUGGGCAAUCUCAUCUGCUUCCCUUAGGAGACACGGGCAGCUCCUACACUUUGCUGGUGUCCAAGGAGCAAGCAGCCGCUGUCUGUGCAUGGUGCCAGUUCUGUGCUUGCAUGUGCCGUGUUGUAGGGGCUGGAGACCUGUCCACCCUAGCAGCCCUCCCUGCCAGGCCAUGCCCAUCCUCAGCUAGCAGCACUGCUGCUUGUUGACUCUUUUCCUGUGAUCUGUGGCAUGAAGGGCCCCCUUGCUUCACUGCACAUCAGUGAGCUUUCACUGCGCCCCAUGGCCAGCUGUCCCUGUGCUUGGCCCCUUUGUUGUUACCAGAGUAUUAUACCCAACCGUUCUCUCGCCCUCAGCUGUUGGAGGGGAGGGGGGGAAGUUGGCAGCAUCAUAUGUGGAAAUGGGGGUUUAGGGCACCAUUAAGAGGGUCUAGGAAAUCAUGGGUGACUGGUGCUGCCUUAGGGGGGGCACGUGCCCCUGACUGGGGGGGUCCCCCCACAGUCAAUCCUGCUGGCCGGGGGCUGGGUCCCGGGGUCCCACCCACAGCCAGUCUUGCUGUCUGGGGGGACCCCCAUGGCGAAUCGCUGCAGUCGCUUCUGGGAGCGGUUGCACUGAUUGGCCAGCACUUGCACAGGGGGCAUGAGCACUCCUGCCUGCCUCCCCUGCCCGUCACUUAAGUGGUGAGUGCGGCCGGUCAGGGGAUGCACUGGUGCUCUCACAUACACUCCCUACGCUUUGCCACUGUAGGAAAUGACCUUCCUGUUGUGGGCAAGGACUUCAGCCUUGGAAAGCCAUCUAAGGCAGUUCAGGGGUGGCUGUGAGGGGUUAGAGCAAGGGGGUGAGAGCCCUUUAUUGCUGUGCAUGGCUGGAGGCAGAGCUCUCGUGGCUCCCUGCUUCCCACGAUGCCUUGGGAGCAGUCUCCCUCCUCCAGCACCCAGUGCUUGCUCUGCAGGAUUUGGCCCAACUAGAGUCAUCAGUUGAAUGCCAGCCCCCACCACUGCCUUUGGGCACGUAGUUGUGAGCAGUGUGCACACCCACACUGGGUUAGCGCUCUGCUGGGGCGCAGGGGGCUUCUUGCCAGGGCAGGCAGCAGGUUGGGUGCUUCUCAUGGCUGAGAAGGCCUGAAGGUCCCAGCUAUCCCAUGUGAGUCACUGUCCUAGCUGUGCCCCCCCUUGGCAUGCCCACCCAAUAACAGAUCUCAGGAGCCAAGCACUUAGCAGGGGUCAGGGCUUUUUUCAACUGUCCUUGUGGGUGACAGAAGAGCUCUCCGUUCCUGUGUCUGUUAUGGGUCGCAGAACCACACUUCUUGUCCAGUCCUCAUACCGGAUAAACUUCGGAGAUGCUGCUAGGCCCUGCUUGGUCUCUGGCCAGUGCUGUCACAGGGCAAUGCAGGUGAGCCCAUGAGCAGGCUUCAAAGCCAGAGGGACCCUACAGACCUCAGUUGUGGGCUCGGGCAGGUAGACUCAUUUGGUUGCGAGGGUUGUUUCCAGCUGUCCUGGUUGUCCUGUGCUCCCACCACACCCCACCUUGCUGGUUCUGAUCUUGCUUCUCUGCGCUACGUAUCAACAAACGAGUUAGUUGGAUAUUUCUUUGUACCUUGGAGAUGGGGUUCAUCUCCUGCCGUCGCCUUGGAAUCUGUGUGUUGUCCGAGUAAACUGUCCAGCACUGGGUCGUUGCUCUGAAAUGUCGUGUUUGAAAAAAGAGCAUGAGAAAUAAAUAGAAGCUAUUUAAGUAAAACUCCUCAUGUGUGUGAAUUGGGGGUGUAGGGGCAAGGGGGAGGUUGGCACUAGGGCACCCGCCACUAGGCCAUCAGAGCUAUAUCCAGACUGACCUCACAACACCUUGAUUUCUGUGGCCCAAAUAUGUGAAGAUCUCUUAAAAUAAGAAUUGUUCUCAGUACUUGCUGCGGCUCAGUCCUGGACUGGGUUCACCCUCCAGCGUCCCUGGAGAUGGGUGAUUUAUUCCCUUCCCUCAUUGGACAGAACAGGACACCGAGGCAUGGCAAUAAACCCCAGGAAUGCAGGCAGUGGGUGCUCCACUCUGCUCAUUGUAACAAGGAGUUGAAGGUCUAUGAUCUCUUGAGAGCUCAAGGUUUCUCCAUAAAGAGCAGCCAGUGAGUCUGUAAAUACUACACUGUAGUGCUAAAGGUGAAAGUACCACCCUGCUGCUGUCCCUUCUGAUCUGGAUGAUGCAGUGGGUUAGUGGAUUUGGGGUAGGGAGCAAUCCCUCUUGGAGGAGGGAAGAGGAAGGAUUAAUUUACAAUUGGGUGAUAAAGUCACUGACAGCAAUGGUUUCUCAAUCAGUUAAAGGGAACCUGCAAAGGGAGCUUUCCCCUUUUGUGGUUUCUGUAUGGUGGCAAAGGGCAUCCUGAGAAGAUUGUCAAGCAUGGACUUUUGUUAACCUUGGAACUUGUAUGUGGCCUCAGGACUACUGAAAAGACAGUAGGUGAGGAUUCAAAGAGGAAAGGUCUCUUGGUUACUGUUUAACUUUUGUUAUAAUAAUUCUUCAAAAGAAAUAAUUAGUGACCAUAAGAGAGGAAGUCUUUGUUCAUUGGCGAAGCGUAGGGGGUGCAUGCGGGUACACGUGCACCCCCUGUGUAAAGGUGCUGUCGACACUGUCGGUCACCACUCGCUACUCCCCCUCUUGCUGCCGACACCGCUGGCAGCGUCUGCGGGUGGUCACUGACUGCCAGUUGGCACUCGCCACCUCCCCCCACACAACUGGUGACAACACCGUGGCCGCCUGCAGAGCUCCUUGCUUGCCACCGCCACGCUCCUGCCGCCGCCUGCGGGAGCUCGCUGUGCCCCUUGAACAAAGGCAUUCAUGCCUUGUUCAAGGCAAGUCUCUCUUCCCUCUGUCGCUGGCAGGGAGUGCUCAUAAGCCUCUUGAGGCUAUUCUGCUAAGUGGGGCCAGUCCUCACCUAAUAGUUCAAAGGAAAAAAAAACAAAACCAGAAAAUAUAAACUUCACCUUUCAUCAAAAGCACCAAAAAUGGGUUUUAUCCCAAGGGGAUCCUUUUUAUAAAAAAAAAAAAAAAAAAAAAGGUCCUUUACAAACUGCCUUUUUAAAAUGGUUCUGUCAUUAGUGUAGAUGGACUCAAACCAUACCAGCAUUGCCACAGGGAUAAAGUGACCCCCCACAGGGAAUGGGAUGGCAACUGAUAUCUAGUGUGUCGUUCUCUGCUGUGGAGGGCAUCUGUGAGUCCAUGAAGCUGAAGGAAGCCAAUGGGUAACACAAGUGUAAGAGCAUAGGCUCAAGCCAAAAUGGACCAGCAGCCAGUGAACAAACGUCAGUCCUGACGUGAAAGCUUGGCAGAAUCGGGGUGAGUCAACCUGAUGUCUAGUGAGUCCCAGGGGUCUGGUGGUACCCUGGCUGGAAAAGGUGGGUGAAUCUAGGUGAUGAAGCAACAUAGUUGCUGCAGGAAGACAAAGGAAAGUUCAAAGCUAUGAAACAAGUGAUGAGGGAAGCGGAGUGGCCAGCUCAUCCCACUGCUGGGCAGCACACAGGGCCUGGCACCAGGCUGGAUCCCCUGCUUUGAAAACAGCUGUUGGUUAAGGAGGUUCAGCUCUUCAAGGUAGACAAGGCCUGGGAUGACUCCUAUGGUGUCAGGAUGAGGCCCCAGUCUUGUCAGCUUUAAUGGUGCUCAUGGGGGAAGUCUCCUGCAAGCGGAGAAUCUCAGCCGAGAAGAGAUUUAGCUGCUUGUUCAAAACUUCACACCACGCUCCGACCCUGGGCCUCUACUUGGACACAAAACAAGCUGCCCAAGUAUUAACCGGCAAUGCAAAAGGCACCCGCAUGUUUUCCAGGAGAGCGAACCAGUUGGAAGCCAGCAAGAAGCACUCUGACCGUCUCAGCUGACCUCCAGCAGGAUGGAGAGUUUCACCCUCCGGUUCCCCAGCCGAGCCUGCAUCUUGGGUAUUGCAGAGCACCUGGCCCCUGCAGUGCUCCCAGCCCCGUGCCCCUCUGAGCAAGGCUUCUCACUGGGUCAAUUGAAUGUAAUAUUUGAAGCUGCCUGAAGGUGGCACCCCUGGGCUCUCCAGUGGCUUGUGUUGUUGAAGGUUGGGUAGAUUUGCACCUUUAUAAACUAACUGGACCGGAGAUGGUAAAGCAUGAGCUUUGUGAGCCCAAGAUCGUGUCAUCGGCUCUUCAUCUAUGUGGAAACCAGAGGACAAGCUGAGCCUCGGGUGUCCCUUUCCAUGAUGUUGCUGCCCGUGGCUUCUCUCGGGGCUGCCUUUUGCUGGGGAUUCAGUCUCCACCCAAGCC